AUGCACCCGGAAGUGCCUUCUAACGCAAUCAAACAUGUAGAUGCAAAUAUAUUCCAGGAACGACUGGAGACCUUUUUCUCCGAGAAACGCCAAACAGAGCCGCCGUCCGGUCAACAUAUCUCAAUCUCACGCGAGAAUUCUGAGGCCGCCGGGUCGCCAUCGACGGCUGUUACUCCCGACAGUCUCCUACGUCUUCAAAAUCAGAAUUCCAAGAUAACACCUCGGAGAGAAUGCCUGGGCACCCACAUGAAUCAAACCGUUUUGGACUAUCCUUCAUCACCACGUUCGCCGAACGGGCAAACCAAUGGGGGCACCUAUUCAGAAUCUAGCCCGUCUGCACCCCCUGAGAGUGCUCCUUCACCUGCAGUGACUAAAGAUUUGGACUAUCGCGUUCGCGGAAUACGUCUAGAGUACACUGGCAAUGACGUGCUCUCUUAUCUGAGCCGCAAGCUUGAUAUCGAGCCGAACGUCGUUGGUCGCAUCAAAGCUCUGGCCACCAGUCCGACCGGAGACAAGAUCGCAGUGGUGGCUUGGAGGCCCCAGCCGGCCUGCCUCUCGACACCGGGGAAAGAUGAGUGGGAUUUCGGCCCUACCGAUAACGACGACGAUAUACAUAUCACCGUCGACACUCACUUCCGGGGCGUGACUGUCCUUUACACUCCACCCCCAAAUUUACCCCACACUAUGGAGUAA